UUCUGCUAUUAGAAAAAAAAUUGAUUUUGCUAUUCAACCCAGAGUAUUUAUGUCGGAUAUGGCUGAUUCAUACUACAAUGCCUGGAUUCAGGUGAUGGAAGCUGCUACUUUUAGGUUGUACUGUACGUGGCAUGUAGAUCGGGCUUGGAGAAAAAACUUAAGCAAGAUUAAUUCUAAAGAAAAAAGGGACAUUAUCUACAAGCAGUUACGUACCUUAAUGCAAGAAACGGACGAAAAGGCAUUUGAUGCAAUGCUUGCCAGUUUUUUGGAAUUAUUGCUAACCGAUCCAGAGACACAGGAAUUCUAUGAAUAUUUCCUUAAAUAUUAUACAAAUAUUUCAAAAUGUUGGGCCUAUUGUCAUAGAAUGAAAAGUGGUCUAAAUACCAACAUGCACAUAGAGCGCAUGCACAGAACAAUAAAAUACAUAUAUUUAAAUGGAAAACAUACAAAACGACUGGACAAAGCUAUAUCUGCUAUAUUAAAAUUUGUCAGAGAUAAACUUUUUGAUCAAGUUAUUAUCACAAACAAAGGAAAGCUUUGUUCUAAAAUUAAUAGUAUUAGGUCAAGGCAUAUAAAAAGCAACAGUUUAAGUUUUGAAUCUAUACUACCCCAUGAAGAAGGUUGGCAAAUAUUUUCAUCAACUUCCAAGGAUUUUUAUUACAUUCAUGAAGAAAACAAAAAUUGCCAAUGCAAACUAAUUUGUACUGAUUGCAAUAUAUGCUUUCACAGAUUCUCGUGUACUUGCCUCGAUUCAAGUAUUAAAUGGAAUAUGUGUAAACAUGUUCAUUUAUUGUCAAAAUAUCUCAAGACCCUUCCUUUUGCUGAAGAAGAUAUAUUUGAAAAUUCAGAUUCAACACAGGAAUUACAAAUUGAUUUAGAAAGAGGGGAUAUUCAAGAAUCAACAUCUGCCCUAGCUACAAGCCUUGUACCCCAAAGUAAUGUCCAGAGCUCUUUAAUUUCAAGGAAAGAAAAAAUUAAGACCGAAAUUUUGGAUAUAUUGAAUAUUUUGGAAAGGGUCGAUUCUCAUGCAGAAAUAGAUGUUAUUCAAAAAGCUUUAUGUCCAAUUAAACCAACACUAGCUGCCUUGAAACAGCCAGUAAUAGUAUCUUUACCCCAGACAAAAGAAAAAGUUAAUGAGAACAAAAACAUAACUCCUCAAAGAAGAUUUUUUCCUACCAAAAAGCAGAAAAAAGUUCUACAAAAAAACAAAAAACCAGUUCCUUCUGAAGCGAAUUCUAUAUCUCUUCAACUUUUAAAUAAAAAUAUACCCUAAAAACUUACAUUUGAAUAAUGUUAUGAAGUUUUAAAAUAUACUUUAUCGCAACAAUUAGAACAUUUGAUGUGAAAAUGUUACCAAGUCUCGCAUAUAUUUGCGAAUAAAAAAGGAUUUUUUUAAAGAUUCCUCAUUUUUUUUCUAAAGAAGAAGUUUCAAAAUGUGUGCUUGGCGAAAUUUGAGAUCUCGUUCUCUUUUUAGCCAGCAAGUAUAAGCCAAACUUGGCUUAAUUUUUAGAUGAAAUGUUUUUGUUUUGAUUUCAGAUAUUUUUGCAAGGUUUUAUAAAAUCAACGUACAUUUUUUUUUAUUUAAGUAGGUACCUACCUAGUUAUUUUUUCUUUUUCUUCAGAAAUAUCUUGAAUUUUCUCGUUAGUUCUGCCCUAAACCAGACCUGACUACAAAAUUUCAGCUCCCUAAGUAAUUGGGAAAAUUAAAAUCAUUAAAGAGGGGUGGUGAAGGAGGUUAGAAGGGAAAUUUUUUUGAUUUUUUUCGUUGGUUAUUCUCUAAACCUAAGCUGUCUACAGAAUUUGAGCUCUUUAAGUCAUUUGGAAGUGCCUUAACAUUUUGA